AUGCCCGUAUCGCAGGAUAUAAGGUACGUCGUCAAAGUCACUAAUCCGUACUUUGUGCAGUCUGACAUUGCUAGCACUCGCGGUGCGUUUCUGGAACUGCAGGAGCGGGCCAUGUACAUGGAGCGAAUCCUAAACCAUGCGAUCAAGGGGAUUGCGCUGGAUACGAAGAGUCUCAGGCAGACGGCGUUGUCGAUUGAAGAGACGGAGAAGGAGACGCAGCCGGAGACGCAGCCGGAGACUGACGAGGCCGAAAUGGCUGUGGAAGAGGAGUGCACGAUCGAUCCGGUCGAGGAUACCGUUACUCACUUCUCCGGGGAAUUCUCCUACUGGAACUUUUCCAUGCGCGUCAAGCGCCAGAUUGAGGAUAGGAUGGCGGCUUCCGCUUCCCUGAGCCAGACACCUCCAAACCAAAUAUCAAACUACCCCCGAGCAAAACAGCUCCGAUCCAGCUCGCGAACCCUCGCAGCAGCCAUCUCCUGCAUCCCCCCUCGCCACAUCGCCGAGUUCCUCGUCAGCAUCUUCUUCAAACACGCCGUAACUCACUACUUCUACGUCGACAGACCAUGGCUCCUCGCCAGGCUAACCGCCCUCUACACCAACCCGGAAUUCCUCACCAGCAAAGACGCCCCAGUCCUCGGCAUCAUCCUAACCGUUUUCGCCAUUGGCACCCAAUACGCCUACCUCGAAGCAAAGUCCGCCCCUGCCUCGUCCAGCCAAAGCCAAAACUUCUCCGAGGACGAGCUGGGGACCAUGUUCUACCAGGAAGCGAUCCGCCUGCUGCCGGAGAUCAUCGAGGUAUCCUCGCUGGAGAGCGUCCAGGCUUGUUUGCUCUUUGCGGCGUAUGCGUUGCCGAUUGAUGCGGCGGGGUUGGGGUACGUGUAUAUCAAUCUGACGAUUCGGCUCGCGAUGCAGAACGGCAUGCAUCGGCGAUGCGUGGGGGAGGCGUUUAGUGCGGCGAUGAUGGAGACGAGGAAUAGGGUUUGGUGGACGGCGUAUGCGAUGGAGAGGAAAAUAUCUAUUUUCCAUGGACGACCGCUGGGAAUGCUACGGUCAGAUAUUGACACGCAUUUGCCGGUUGAUUUGGGUGAACAGGACUCGGCAGGUCCAUACAUGCUUGCUUCAAUUCAUCUCACACAUCACCUGGAGGAUUUCUAUAAAGAAAUAUCCCUCCUCAGAACCACCCCAAAACAGGACCUCCCCAUCCUGCUCUCACGGCUCGCCGACAGGAAAAACGACCUGGAAAAAUGGUGGUCCUCGCUUCAACCAACAAUCCAAAAGAACGACGCCCAGGCCCCAGUCGAUCGAUCGACAGCCCACAUCAAACUCGAACACUGCCUCCUCCGCAUGUUCAUCGGCCGCCCGUUUCUCUUCUCGCGAGGCUCGCCCUCAAACCCAACCUCCCCAGCUACUCCCCCCUCAGCCACCGCGCAAAAGCCCACGCCCCGCCAGGAACUGGUGACCUGCUGCAUUACAGCCGCCGCCGACGCAAUCUCCAUCUGCAGCACCCUCCGCGACAGUGAUAGUGGCCCUGGCCUGGCGCGCGCCUCGUAUAUAGAAUACAGCUCGUGCCGGGCAGCGCUGCUGGUGCUAAUUGCGUACUCGAUCCAGGAUCGUUCUGAUCAUUUUCGCAAGGCGUUACGGGUCGGGUUAGAUAUGAUUCGGGAGAUGGCGGCGAGUGGGGAGUCGGCGAGAUCGGAGGUGGAGUUGAUUGAGGCGUUGGAGAGGGCGCUUGUGAGACUAAGGUUGUUUGAUGAGGUGGGCAAAGUAGCCUCGGACUACGAGAAGUUUAAACAGUGGGAGUCUAUGUGGAAACGGCAGAAUGAUGGGGAUUGCAAUUCCGUCGAAACGGUUGCGGGAUCGAUUCAAGAGCAAGGUUGGCCGACAGGCGAGAUGGAUCCCUCCGGUAUGGCAGAGAGCAAUGUGAAUCUGGGCUCUUUGAGGUUGUUCGAUGGCGCGGCUGAAUGGGCUCUGUUCGGUGGGGGAAGUGCAUUGCCACGGGAGCUGCAGCAUCCGGAAACGCAGAUGCUGGGGGAUUUUCUGUCUCUCCAUGAUCCGAGAUUCGACCCUGAUCUGAGUCAAUCGUUGUGA